UUUUUUUUUUUCCAAGCACCAGAUUCCCUUUCCAAUCGAUCGCCACACCAGCACGCUUUCCUGGGAAUUCCUGGUGUACAUAGUCGAUCAGAAUAAAGGAAAAGAAAGAAACAAAAGAAAGUUAUUCUUACAAUCCGACUUUCUGCGUAAGUGAAGCAGGGCUGCGAAUUUUUGACAUAAUGUCCGCCUCUCCAUCUGCGUUACAAUCCACCAAGCGGCCCCUUGAGGACCCUUCCUCGCCAUCCGGUCCGAAUGAUCAGCCAGAAGCCAAGCGCCCAGCUUUGGACAAAGUAGUAAAAGGAGACGAGUCAGAGGCGUAUGCGGAUGUCAAGACUGAUUCUUCCGGUGCCGCAGAUUCAAAUGCGGAUGGCCAAGGUGAUACCGUUGUCCCCGAUGCUCCUAACUCUAAAGGAGCUCACGCUGAGACGCAGCCGAUCCAGUCGACUGCCUCUCAUGGUGAGCAAGCAGGAAGCCAGAGUGACCAGCGCCCCCAGGAUGAGUCCAGCUGGAUUCAUAUCCGGGCUGUCAUCUCCAGCCAAGAGGCUGCCACUGUCAUUGGUAAAGGUGGAGAGAAUGUAUCCCAAAUCCGCCGUUUGUCAGGCGCCAAAUGCACCGUUAGCGACUACUCUCGCGGGGCAGUGGAGCGUAUCUUGACCGUCAGCGGCCCACAGGAUGCUGUUGCAAAGGCCUUUGGUUUGAUUAUCCGUACCUUGAACAACGAACCCCUUGAUUCCCCUUCCACUGCCCAGUCCAAAACUUACCCCUUGCGUUUGUUGAUCCCCCACAUUCUCAUUGGUUCGAUCAUUGGUAAGGGUGGUGGCCGUAUUCGUGAGAUUCAAGAGGCCUCGGGUGCUCGUCUCAACGCUUCAGACGCUUGCCUCCCGCUCUCCACCGAGCGAUCUCUUGUAAUCCUUGGUGUUGCGGAUGCUGUUCAUAUCGCCACAUAUUAUGUUGCUGUGACACUGGUUGAGCAGCUCACGGAGCGCUUUGGCGGCCCAGCAGCCUCUGCGUAUGCUACCCGGAGCGGUGGUCCUGCUGGAGCCGUACCAGGUGGCAUGCAGGUUGUCCCCUACGUUCCGCAGCCAGCUGGUGGACAGUAUGGUCAUCCGGAUACCUUUAAGCGACACCAUCCUAACGCCAACCGUGCCGGUAGUGGUGCUUACGGCGUUCCUUAUCUUCAUGGCCAGCCUGCCCCAGCUCCGGUAUCCCAGCCCGCUAUGCAUUAUGGGGCUCCAAACACUCCAUAUGCUGGAGCUGGUCCACACCAGCCUGCCCCUUACGGUGCUCCUCAGGCCGCGCAGCCUCGUGGCGGUCCAACUCCCGCCGCUCCUGUCGGGGGGGCUAUGCCCGGUCAGCCACUGACACAACAGAUCUAUAUCCCGAAUGACAUGGUUGGUGCUAUCAUCGGAAAGGGAGGUGCCAAAAUCAACGAGAUUCGACACCUCAGUGGCAGUGUGAUCAAGAUCAACGAGCCUCAAGAAAACAGCAACGAGCGCCUGGUGACUAUUACAGGUACCCAGGAAUGCAACCAGAUGGCGUUGUAUAUGCUCUACUCGAGACUUGAAAGCGAAAAACACCGCAUCUAAAAGGGGUGAGUGUGUUUACUCUAUUUACAUUUUUCUUUUUCUUUUUUUGUUUCAGGAGCAGCUUGGGCUAUUUGAUUUUGUGCGACAUAAAAAAAAAAUGCGUCGUUUCAUGGUGGCCUUGGUGGUUUCAUUUCGGGGACUAUAUGCUUUAUGCUGUAUUAUUUGAAAAAAAAAACAACAACAACAACAACAACAACAACAACAACAACAACAGCGCGAGUCGCAAUCAUAUUAUGUUUCCAUAUUAAUUUACACUGAUAUUCCUUCAUC